CAGUAACUCCAUAGCUAGAGGAGACAAACAAGCACCAUAUAUCUACAAUCCAUCUAUCCCUGAGAGAAUUGAAGAAGAAAACACAAAGAAAGAUCAAAACAAUAAUCAUAAUAACAACAAGAAUGCAGCUUCACAUGAUCUCGCCGAGCUGCCUGAAGCAGGCACGGCUUCUUCCUCCGGCUCCUAAUAAAGGGGUGAAGGAGUUCAUGGGAGCGAAGGUCGUCGGGUCUGUGGGGCCCACGCGAGUGUCGUACCGCGUCCUCGCCACCCUCUGCCUCCUCGCCGCUUUCGUGCUCUUCAGGUCUGCGUUUCUGCUCAGCGCCGCCAUUCAUGAGGAGGAAGCCCAGAGCAAUUAUAGUAAUAAUAAGAAUAACCAUAGGAAAAAUGGUGUAGCAGGUUGCUUGGGGAGGAAAAUAGGGAGGAUACUACACCACCCUAUUCAUGAUGAAUCAAACCCAAAGGUCCCACAAGUGAUAUACCAAGUAUUGGAAGAGCCAAUGGACCAAAUACUUGGUACACAAAUGAGGCUUCAAAGUCCUCUAACACUUGAAGACUUCAUUGCUGAUCAAUACAAAGGUGGUGAUGAUGAUGCCAAGACCUUUGCACUCAAGCUCAAAGCCAUGGUGAGUCACCUCGAGGAGACGGCACGAGCCGCGAAAAUCCAGGAGUACCUGUACCGCCACGUGGCGUCGAACAGCAUACCCAAGGAGCUGAGCUGCGUCCUCCUGGCCCUGGCGGACGAGCACUCGACGAACUCCGGGGCCCGCCGCCAGCUCCCGCCGCCGGAGCUCGUCCCCGCCCUCGUCGACACCGCCUCCGACUUGUUCCACUUCGUGGUGGCGUCCGACAACGUGGUGGCGGCAGCUGUGGUGGCGGCGUCGCUGGUGGGGAACUCGCUCCGCCCCCACAGGGUUGUGCUCCACGUCAUCACCGACCGGAAGACGUACUCCGCCAUGCAUGCAUGGUUCUCCUUGCACCCCCUCCGCCCCGCCAUCAUCGAGGUGAAAGGGCUACACCACUUCGAUUGGUUGACGAAGGGGAAAGUGCCCAUAUUAGAAGCCAUGGAGAAAGACGAGAAAGCAAGAUCCGGUUUCAGGGGCGGUUCUUCCGCUAUAAUGGCUGACCACAACAACAACGAUAAUAAGAACAACAAGGCGGAGCGGCCUAAGGUUGUCGCCGCCAAACUGCAAGCCCUCAGUCCCAAGUACCACUCCCCCAUGAAUCACAUUCGAAUCUAUUUGCCACAGUUGUUCCCGAGCCUAAGCAAAGUCGUGUUCUUGGACGACGACGUUGUCGUCCAAACCGACAUGUCGCCUCUGUGGGAGAUCGACAUGGGCGGGAAGGUGAACGGAGCAGUGGAAACUUGCAGAGGGGAUGACAAGUUUGUGAUGUCCAAACGCUUCAAGAACUACUUGAACUUUUCUCAACCACUCAUAGAAAAGAGCUUUGAUCCUGAUGAAUGUGCAUGGGCUUAUGGCAUGAACAUCUUUGAUCUUGAGGCUUGGAGAAGAACAAAUAUAACCCAAACUUAUCACUACUGGUUGGAAGAGAACUUGAAAUCGGAGUUGAGUUUAUGGCAACUAGGUACACUACCCCCGGGUCUAAUCGCGUUCCGGGGACAUGUGCACGCCAUUGACCCCUUCUGGCACAUGCUCGGGCUCGGCUACCAGCAAAACACAAGCAUUGCACAAGCUGAAAGGGCCGGCGUCAUCCACUUCAAUGGCAGAGCCAAACCAUGGCUAGACAUUGCAUUCCCACAGCUCAGACCAUUGUGGACAAAGUACCUUGACUUCUCUGAUACCAUCAUCCAAAGAUGUCAUUUUAGAAGAACUCCAUGAAACCUGAAACCUUUUUUUUUUGCAGCACAUUUCUCUAUUGGGUAUAUAGAAUUAUUAUCUUAGAAUGUCUCCUAUUUCCCUCCAGAAUACAGAAUUUUGUUUAAACACUAUCUUCUUUGUUGAGUCUUGCAAAAAAUCAUAUUAUAACAUAAACUGAAAAACAGCAUGAGCAUGAACAAUCAUAACGUCAAAGUAUUGAAGUCCUAAAAAAUGAUUGGAAAAUCU